GACACCUUUUCUGUUCAGUGAAAUAUUGGAUCACACAAAUCACUCAUUUUUUCAUUAUUUGAAGUUAUUGUCUGAUUGUCUUUCCGUGAAACGCUGUAACACGGACCAAUGAGAGCAGACCUUGAUGUGAGUUUCAUUCUUCACACACAGACAAAUGUUGUGGCUACAAAGUGCUCUCCCCCUCACUGGGAUUCUCCUCUUAGUACAGAGGAUCACUGCUCAGCAGAUCCCGCAGCAGUACCACCUGAUGGACGGCUCCCGGACCUGGUCGGAUGCUCGGAGCUUCUGCAGAGUGAAGUACACCGACCUGGCCACCGUGAACAACAUGGACGACGGGAGGCGGCUGGUGGACGCGCUGGGCAGCCGCGUGACCCACACCUGGAUCGGGCUUCGCAGAGCAGGCGGCGACAGGUGGAUGUGGUCCGAUGGCAGCGGCACGGCGCACUUCACCAAGUGGCUCGACGGAGAACCAAACAAUUCGGGAGGGGACGAGCAGUGCGGAGAGUUUGACGUGACGUGGAACGACGUGUCGUGUGAAGUGAAGAGCAACUUUGUGUGUUAUGAACGUCGAGAGGAUGGCAAGGAGCGGUUUGUGUAUUACUCAGAGAAGAGGUCCUGGGUCGACAGUCUGGAGCUGUGCAGAAGUAAGCACCACGACUUGGCCUACGUCAGGACCGAGGAGGCCAAUUCAGAGAUCGCCAAUUUGGCCAGAACAUGGACAGGCCUUUUGUGGCUUCCUAACAAAGUGUGGAUGGGUUUGUUCCGAGACAACUGGAUGUGGUCGGACGGAAGCGACACCUCCUUCAGGUCCUGGCUGAAAGGCUCGGAUCAUCGUGGAGACUGUGCCUCUGUGGCGGUGGCCCGGCAGGGACACUGGGUCCGAGCUGAGUGUGACCAGAGGACCUCGUUCGUCUGUCAGGGCGGUCUCAAAGUGAAGAAGACGCUCGUCAGGAUGAAGCUGCGCUCCGAUGUGGAUCUGACUGAAUCCAGAAUCAGUGACACUCUUUUAAAAAAGUUGGAAACCGGCCUGAGGCUGCUGAGCGUGACGGAUUUUAACCUCAGCUGGCGACGGGACGACGGCGGACUCGUCUUCCACCGUCAGACGCAGUUGGUCGUCGCCAAGGCAACGGGAUGUUAAAUAUGGCGCUCAUCACGUCAGAGGACCUGGACACAAACUCAUCACAGACCACAACCCACAAACUGUACAUGUGCACUGGCUGCGUCCUCAGGCCACCUACUGUACAACCACACAGCAUAUAUCACUUUGAAGUUAUAUUUGUUAUUCUGACUGUACUAUUCUGAAUGUCUUAUGUACAUGCCGUAUACACAAAGUAUGUAC